UCUGAAGAGAGCGUGAUUGAAACAGAUUGUGGCUGAGUGACCGGCCUUUACAAUUUACGUUAACCAGUCGUGGGGAGAGGAGUAGUUUUACAAAGUGUGCCAACAUUGGGGCUCACCACCGCAUCCCGCGUGAAUUUGUCUACCCUUUUCAACAAGCAGUUGGUGACCAAACAGCAGUAAAGUUAGACGGUUGGCUGACUGCAAUUUCAUGAUGGAGAAUGCCACUAUGUCUUCAACAGUAUAUCUAACAGGCAUUUGGGCCGUCGUCGUCAAGUGCGCACUGAGCUUCAGCAGUGAACAACAUUUCUCAGUCCCAACAUGCAAGCGUUUCAAUCCAUUUUUCAGGUAUUAGCCCUCGGGCUUCUGCUGACGGCUGUCCUAGCCGAUGGACAGCAGAGGAAAUACGACACCAACGUCGAUGACGUCAGGCCGGGAAUGACUUUUUCGAAUAACAAAGGCGCCAGUCGCCAUUUUCCAAAGGGGAUCCAUCGACUUGAAACUAAUACUAAACAACGAGCUGCCUGCCCGGAAGAUUAUUCUCCAUGCCUUUGCGAAUUGACGACCAACGGGAUCGAAGUCACUUGCGUAGACAUUCCUGUCGCCGAUAUUACCAACGUCUUUUACCGCACCCGUAACAUCGACCUCUACCAGGUCGUCCUGACGGCCUCGGCUUCCGCCACUGGGACUGUCGAUUUGCCCGCCGACCUCCUGAAAGACAAACGCGUUGAACACAUUUACCUGGGCUGCCCGGCCAACGCUUCCCCCAAACUCGGCCUCACUAUUGCGUCUUCGACUUUUGAAUUCACGCGGUUCAACACGACCGUCUUCGGGAUUUUGAACUGCGAUCUGGCCGGACAGACGGACAUGCAAUACCUGAACGAUUUCUCAGUCCUCAACACUUUGAGAGUUGACGAUUCCAAUAAUAUCGAAGCUAUUGCCACUCUGCCCACCUCGACUAUGCCGGCAUUGAAGAGAUUGUUUAUUGUCAACUGCACAGGACUGGAAAAUGUUGCCUUUCCCGAUUUGACUCCCGCCCGGCUAGUUCGUUUGCACCUGCAAGGCAACGGGUUGACCGAUGCGGCCGUCAAUGCCAUUUUGAUUUCCGUUGCCAGUUCCUCGUCGUCCAGUUCAUUGCAGGAACUGAUCCUGGCCAACGAGUACACGAUGACCAAAGUGCCCAGGAUUGGCGCUUUCUCCAAAUUGGGUUGGUACGACGUCAGUUCCAACGCCAUUCCUUUUAUCAGCCAAUCCAAUUUGGUUUUCAACGUACCUGUUAACUUGGUCGGCCUCAAGAAUAUCGAAUUGACCGCCAUCGAAGGCGGGGCUUUCUUGGGUAACUAUGCAAAUGCAGAGGUCAAUUUGGAAGAUAACAAAUUGACCGAGUUUAGAGAGGAUGUCUUCAAAUCGAUGCUGCAACAGAUGGCCGCCCAGCCGGCCGGCUCUGGAGGCCAAGUGAUCCUCACUGGAAAUCCUUUUGAUUGCGGCUGUCCUCUGGCCUGGUUGAUCCGCGACAAUCCAGCUCUUCUGCCCAGUGUAAAGAACGGAGUUUGCGGCGGAUUCUUUAGGUUCGAGGACCUCAAUCCUGAUUCCUACGUUGACUGCUAAAACGGAUAGGACCGGUGAUUGAAUUUGACUUUCUUCUUUUCAUUGACGUUAGACGUUAUCCACUACUUCUAUUGCAUCGAUGAUGAAAGUUGAAUAAACAAUCCAGCACGA